AUUGUAAGAAUCGAGUUCUUUUUAUAAAUUAUCCAAACUUAUUUAACUUAUUUACACAUAGAAACCAUGAAUGAAAAUGAAAAUUCACAUUCAUUUGUUUCCUUUUCGAUAUUAUCAGGUACAUUUGCUGCAUUAGCCUCAGUAUUUGCAAAACUUUUUACCGAUGUUCGAACAUUUUUAAUUUUACAAUAUCUCUGUGAUGUAAUCGGAAAUGAUACAUUUUUUAAGUGUGAAGAAAUUUUAAACGAAAUCAAGGAAGAUACAAAUUGGAUUAUGUAUCUCAUACGUAUUUUUUGUUUUGGAUCAAUAUUUAUAUGUAACGCUUUGAUGUGGACAUUUUUUACUAAAGCAUUGAAUAAGUCAUCAUCAUCUCUUCAGGUUACUGUAUUAAACAGUGCGACAAACUUUUGCAUGACCGCAAUUUUGGGAAAUAUUAUUUUUGGAGAAACUCUCUCUUUACAAUGGUGGUUUGGGGCGAGUUUGAUCGUUAUUGGAACACUUUUAGUUAACAAAUCAAGUUAUGAUGCGAGAAAAUAAUAAUAGUAGAUAAUUAUUUGAUUGUAUUUUUAUCACAUUUUAAAUUAAUCAGUCUUUCUUUCAACAUCUGUACACAUGAUUUCAAAAUUAAUUACAGUAUGAAAUCAUUGAGAAUCAUUGAGGCGCGAUCGGUGUUCGCGAUCGGAUCGGCGAUUGGAUUUGUUAUAUUAAACUAUAUAAAUUCGAUAUGAUUUCUUAACAAACUUUUUUGU